UGACUUCACUGUCGCAGAGAAUAAAUCAAAGUCUUCUCGCUCUCGAAAUUGGGGGUUAACUCAGAUUUUGGAAGAGAGGAGCCAAGAUUUAGUCUUUAGAUCUGAAAUUUUGGGGAAUUCGAUAUAAAUCUUUUACAGGGUAAUCGUUUUGAGUUUUGUAGAUGGAUCAAAUUCUGAACAAGGUGGGAUCCUACUGGUUGGGUCAAAAAGCGAACAAGGAAAUCAACUCCGUUGGCGAUGAUAUCAACUCAUUGGGUUCUAGUAUUGAGGGAGGUGCCAAAUGGCUGGUGAAUAAGUUAAAAGGUAAAAUGCAGAAACCACUGCCUGAACUCUUAAAGGAGUAUGAUCUACCUGUAGGCAUAUUCCCCCGUGAUGCAACAAACUACGAGUUCAAUGAGGAGACUGGUAAGCUCACUGUUUACAUUCCAGCGGUGUGUGAAGUGGGCUACAAGGAUUCAUCUGUACUGCGUUUCUCGACCAUGGUGACUGGAUAUCUAGAGAAAGGCAAGCUGGUGGACAUUGAAGGGAUCAAGACAAAGGUGAUUGUAUGGGUGAAAGUUACUUGCAUCUCAUCCGAAAAGUCGAAGGUCUGCUUCACUGCCGGGGUGAAAAAAUCGAGAAGCAGAGAUGCAUACGAGGUUCUUAGAGAUGGAAUCGGCAUAGACAAGUUCUAACACUAUUCUGCAGUUAAUGAAUCAAUUGCCCCAUGUUGUAAUACGUUUUUGAGAAUUUCGACUCUUAUGAAUUUAGUGCUUAAUGCUCGACUCUAAUUAAUUGAUGUGGUAAAUAAUUUUUUGUGAA